AUGUCAUUCACAGGAACUCUUGAUAAAUGUGCAGCUUGUGAUAAAACUGUUUAUGUUGUUGAUUUGUUAACUCUUGAAAAUAUACCUUACCAUAAAAGUUGCUUCAAAUGCAGUCACUGCAAGGGAAAUCUUACCAUGAGUACUUACUCGUCAAUGGACGGUGUCCUCUAUUGCAAGACACAUUUUGAACAGCUUUUCAAGGAAUCAGGAAAUUUCAGCAAGAAUUUCCAAAAUGCAAAGGCUUCUGAGAAACAAAAUGAGUCUAUGAAUAGGGCCCCCACCAGAAUGUCCUCUAUGUUCAGUGGAACUCUAGACAAAUGCUCAGUUUGCACAAAAACAGUCUAUCCUUUGGAAAAGAUGUCAUUGGAAGGAGAAUGCUACCACAAGACUUGCUUUAGGUGUGCUCAUGCAGGUUGCCCCCUUACACAUUCUUCCUAUGCUGCCCUAGAUGGUGUCCUCUAUUGCAGGCACCAUUUUCAGCAGCUUUUCAUGGAGAAAGGAAACUACAGUCAUGUACUUCAAGCAGCUGCAAACAGAAAGAAUGCUACUCCACCUCCUGAACCAGCUGAGCCAGCUGAUGAUAAUGAUGAUGAUGUUGAAACAGCAAAGACGGCUGAUGGUAAUGAACCAUCAAAGCCAGAAGAAGAAACUGAGACAAAGACAGAAGAAGAGUCCGAAACACAUGAAACUUGA